AAAGUAACUGGCGCGGCGCUUCCGAACUUUUUUUUUUUUCUGAAUGGGCCGCUUCCAUUCACCAGCCAGUGGCGGGAAAAAAAAGACACCCCCCCCACCCCACCGCCUCCCGGCGCGCGACCUCCCGGCUCCGUAGCCGAUCAGGAAUCUGCGCCCGAUCCUAAUCCCGGGGAGGCGAAGCGCGCACGUGCCCGGCUGGCUUCUCCGCCCGGGAGCUGCUGACGCGCAAAGGCGGAAGGCGGAAGGCAGCCGGCGGGGCUCGGCUAGUAGGGGAGCGCCGGUGGACGCGGGAGGGGCUUCCAAGAUGGCGGCCAGCAUAGAUGAGUGGGUGGGCUGUGCUUACCUCUUUCUCCAAGCAACGGCGGAAAAGAUCUUUCUACCUACCUUCUACAAAAGCCCAGAGCAGAGGCCCUCCGUGUACAAAGCGUUGAAGGUGGCAUUUGCAGAAUCCAUAGGGGACUUCAGCAGGGUGGAUAUUCUGAAGGUCCAUUGUAGUGAUCCCGAUUUGAUCAUCCAGCUGAAAUUCAACAAGCAAGAGAACUGCAGAAAGUUCCUGCAAAGCUACCAGCAAGGAGAAGUUCAAGAAGCUCUCCAGAAGUGCCUCAAGAUCUACUUGUCCUUGCCCAGCCUGGAGCUCCUCAAGACGGAGCUGAGGGCUGGUGCUGAAAAGUUGGAUUCCAUCAUCCAAGAAGAACAACGUUGUCUGGAAAGCAUCUCUGGCGAGAAGCCGGAUCAUCUUAUAGAUGAAGCUGUAGCAGAGCUGGAAGCCUGUCUCGUGAACCUUUCAUUUCAACAAAGCGUCUCUCCAUCCCUGAAAUGGCAGCUCUCGUCAGAUUCUUCCCUCCCCUCUUUAAAUUCCUCCCCUCCGUCUUCUGGCCCUCCGGAGAUUUCAAAGACUUCGGUUGAAGAAGAUAUCUUCUUUUUCCAGAACCAGCAAUUUGCCAACAGAAAAAUCGCCCCCGAUGACCACCAGAAGUUCGCCAAACUGGUAUCCAAGAAAUGGAAGCAGGUGGGCCGGUCCCUCUACCUGCAGACCAAAUGCCGAGCCCUGCGGGAUCCCUUCAUCGAUAACCUCGCCGUCGAAUACGAGCGCGAAGGCCUCUACGAACAAGCGUACCAGUUGCUACGCAGGUAUAUUGACUCGGAAGGCAAAAAGGCCACCAUUCGGUGCCUGGUGGCUGCCUUGGAAGACAACGGCCUCAUCAACUUAGCCGAAGAACUUUUGGGUCUCCACCAAAGUGACUUGUGAAGAAGAAGAAGAAGAAGGAAAAAAAAGUGUUUUUUUAGAGACUGCUUUGUGCCUCUGUGUUGAUCCAGCGGUGAGAUCCAAUUUUUUUUACUACCGGUUCUGUGGGCGUGGCUUGGUGUGGCUUGGUGGCCGUGGCAGGGGAAGGAUACUGCAAAAUCCCCAUUCCCUCGCCACUCCUGGAGGAAGGAUACUGCAAAAUCCCCAUUCCCUCCCCAUUCCUGGGGGAAGGAUACUGUAAGAGCCGAGGUGGCGCAGUGGUUAGAGUGCUGUACUGCAGCUACUUCAGCUGACUGCUAGUUCAGCAGAUCAGCGGAUCAAAUCUCACCGGCUGAAGGUUGACUCACCCUUCCAUCCUUCCGAGGUGGGUAAAAUGAGGACCCAGAUUGUUGGGGGGCAAUAUGCUAUUUAGUAUACUGUCUUUGGUGUAAGCCACCCAGAGUCCUCGGAGAGUGGGCGGCAUAGAAAUACGAAUAAUAAAUAAAUAAAUAAAUAAAUAAAUAAAUAAAUAAAUAAAUAAAUAAAAUCUCCAUUCCCACCCCAUUCCUGGGGGAAGGAUAUUGCAAAAUCUCCAUUCCCUUCCCAUUCCUGGGGGAAGGAUACUGCAAAAUCCCCAUUCCCACCCUAUUCCUGGGGGAAGGAUAUUGCAAAAUCCCCAUUCCUGGGGGAAGGAUACUGCAAAAUCCCCAUUCCUUCCCCACUCCUGGGGGAAGGAUAUUGCAAAAUCUCCAUUCCCACCCCACUCUGGGACCAGCCAGAGAUGCUAUUUGCCGGUUCUCCGAACUACUCAAAAUUUCCGCUACCAGAACCUGUCAGAACCUGCUGGAUUUCACCCCUGGAUUGAUCCUCCCACUGGACUUUCUUGUGCAUCUUAUUCAGUCCCUGAUCAGCUACGGCUUCUUCCUAUCAAGAAUCAAGUCCAAAAUCCUGAAGUCAAACUGGAAGAUCAAGUAGGGUUUCAACAAGAACUUGCAAGCCUGCUCUGAAAGAGCAGAGGUCCUUCUAAUUGGAAAUGGAAAAGAUCACUUCACCAGACACUCUCAGAUUCAGGAGAUACCUGUAAGCACAGGAGAGGGUGGGUAGAAUGAGAAGGGAUGGGUCCUUAUCAGAGGGAGACCCCCAACCUGGAAAUAAGGAGGAAUUUCCUGACAGAACAAUUAAUAAUAGAACAGCUGCUGGGGUGGGCUUCAAAAAUUUUAGCAAGGGAUUCUCUGGGUGGGUGUGGCCUAGUCAGCCUGCACCAUGGUGGGGGAGGCGUUUUUGCCCUCCCCGGGUUCCAGAGGCUUUUCUCAAGCCUCCGGGACAGCAAAAACAACCUCCCCAGGCUCCGGAGGCCCUCUGGAGGCUGGAAACGGGCCCGAACUUCCGUUAGGCCCGUUUUUUUUCCAAACUUCCGUUAGGCCCGUUUUUUCCAAACUUCCGUUAGGCCCGUUUUUCGCCCUCCCCGAGCCUUCGCGCUCACUCUCCACUUACCUGCAUCCAAAACGGGCCGCAUGAGGACUCCUGGGAGGGGCAGGGUGGGCGAGGCCAGCCAGGAGUGGGAUUUGGGGUUCUCCGAACUGCACAGAAUCUUAGCUAGAGCUUCUCCUGAACCCCCUGAACAGCUUGCUUUCUAGAGUUGUGGGUACUCCAUCAUCGAAGGUUUCCAAGAAAAGAUUGGAGAGUCAUCUGUCCUGGAUGAUACGUGGUCUCCUGGCCUCGGACUAGUUUGACCAAAAGACCUCCAAAGUCCCUUCCAGCCCUAUGAUUCUCUCUUCCCCCCUAUCGUGAUCAAAUGGCAGAUUUAACUUUGAUGUUCUCCUAGUCUUCAAGAGGCCUUCUGAGUAACUGAGGAGACCAUUGAUGAAAUAAAGAAUAGCCCAGAUAUAUUUUCAUUUUCAACUCAUGAGAAUCCAUUCAUGGUCUUCGUAUGUGUGUGAUUCAAUCAACUACAGAUCAGGCAUCUCCGUCAACGUUGGGAAAUUUAUGAUCCUCCAGGUUGAUGAGAUGUUCUCCGUUUCCUAAAUAGAUUUGUUAUGUUAUUACAGACUCUCAUAAAUUACCUCAGGGGAACCAUUUCAAGGAGACCUUGAGCUACGAGUUCCUGAUUGAUACGAGCUUAAGUCUAUUUGCUGUUGAAGGACUUAAAUCGGGGAUGUCCAAUCUGGCAAUUUUUAAGACUGGUGGACUUCAACUCCCAGAAUUCCCCAGCCUUGUAGAGCUGACUGGGGAAUUCUGGGAGUUGAAGUCCACCAGUCUUAAAGUGCUUAGAUGUUUACAUUGAAAGUCCCAACUGAUGCUUCUAAGCGAAGACUGAUAAAAAUGAAUCAUUCAUUCAUAAACACAAUAACGGGUUGAGAAUGAAAGUCUGACCCAUUCCUGGGUAACAGAGUUGGAAGGGACCUUGUAGGUCAUCUAGUCCAACCCGCCGCCCAACCAGGGCAUUAUUUACACUAACAGAUUUUUCUACACUGGCAUUUUCAAUCUCUUGAGUUAUCCAAGAGGAUACUUUUAUACCAGUGUUUCUCAGCAAUUUUAAGAGGUUUGGACUUCAACUCCCAGAAUUCCCCAGCAUGCUGGCUGGGGAAUUCUGGGAAUUGAAGUCCAAACCUCUUAAAAGUUACCAAGAUUAAUGUUCUAAUACAGUUUCUGUGACCAUGGAAACUUGUCAGCAUAUUUCAUUAAAAUAAGAUGAGUCUCAGGUAUUUUGUAUAAAACGGUUGUAUUUUAUUCAAAUUCGAUUUUUUAAAAGUAGAAAUUUUAUUUUUAUUUUUAUUUUGCUCGAAACAAAAAAGCUUGGUCUGCCUGAGAAUGAUUUGACUAUUUUUUUAAAAAGUUGAGCAGGGAAAUUGAGCACAUGUUCACUUUAAUCUUUAUAGUUGCUGUCCUUAAUUGCUUGCUUCUCUUAGUCUUUUAAUUAGUGCUAAAACAUGGAGCAACGUUUAACGUAUUAGCACUAUAAUGCUCUAAUGUUAAAUCAAAUACUAACGGUUAUAAUUUGACAAUGAUUAAAACCUCAUCUCUUUUAUGUUUAAAAAAAAAAUUCCAAGAGCAUAUAAUGCUAUAGUACUAUUUUUUUUUUAACUCUAGGAAGAAACUUUCUGUUUUGAUGAAGGCUUUUAAAGUCUUAUUGUAAAUGACUGUUAACUUCUAGAAUUGUAUGCAUUUUGCUGAUACCUUGUUUUCCCUAAAAUAAGACCCUGUCUUAUAUUUUUUUGAACCCCGGAAUAAGUGCUUGGCCUUAUUUUUGGGGAGGUCUUAUUUUGGGGUGCUUGGAGCAAGAUGGGGCUUCUCUUGUCGUCUUACCUGAUUUCCAGCUCUGCGUUUAAAUGUUUUCGGGGAGGGCUUAUUUUCAGGGGAAGGCUUAUUUUAAUGCAUGCGCUCAAGAGCCCAAUUGGGCUUAUUAUUAGGGGAUAUCUUAUUUUCGGGGAAACAGGGAAUUUCACUAAUAUUUCACUGUUCUUUUUAAUCAGACCUGUACAUUUGUUUUAAUUCAAAGUGAUUAAAAGGGAACAAUAUCAAUAUCCCAGUUGCCUACCAGAGAUUUUAAUAAAGAUGUGCUAAUAUUCAAAAUAUAUUUUUGUUUCCCAUCAAAUCAUGGAUAGAAUACGAGAAGGAAGAGCAUGAAAAUAGUAAGCCGUCAUGGCAUUAAAAAAAAAAAGUAAUAAUUCUGCUCAUAGCUGAACAGCGGGAAAACUAUUGCUUAAACUUACCGUAGUUUUUGGAGUAUAAGACGCACCUUUUUUCCCCCUAAAAGUGGGUGAAAAUUUAGGUGUAUCUUAUAGACCGAAUACGGACGUUUUCGCCAUUCCUGGCCCCCAGAAGCACUCUGCAGGCCAAAAUGGACGCGCGGAGGCCAAAAACUAUUUUUUUCUUGUUUUCCUCCUGUAAAUUUAGGUGCGUCGUAUAGUCUGAAAAAUAUGGGUAUUUUUCCCAGCUACUACAGGUAAUCCUGACUUACAUUCAUUUAGUCACCAUUCAAAGUUACAACAUCACUGAAAAAAGUGGCUUAUGAUCUGUGUUUCACACUUGCGACCACUGUAGCAUCCUCCUGAUCACAAGAACAAAAUUCAGAUGCUUGGCAAUUGAUUCAUACUUAUGACGGUUGCUGUAUUCCAGGAUCACAUGAUCCCCUUUUGCGACCUUCUGACAAGCCAAGUCUGCAGGGAAGCCAGAUUCACUUAACAACCGGGUUACUAAUUUAACAACUGCAAUGAUUCACUUAACAACGGCGGCAGGAAGGGUCAUAAAAUGAGGCAAAACUAACUUAAAUAUCUCGCUUAGGAAGAGAAAAUUUGGGCUCAAUUAUCGUAAAUAAAUCGUCAAAAGACUUA